AUGCAGAAUGGCAUUGCAAUAGUGCCGCCUUUGGCAGCGACACAGCAAGUGGCCGAUUUCGACCCGACGACGACGAAUACAUGGUACAAUCUGACGGCCCUUGCCCGAGCAGUCAAUGUGACGCGAUAUGCCCCUCUGUUCGAAGACCUUGUCAUGGUUGGUCCGCGCAUCGUCAUGAAGCUUGGUUCUCUUAUGGCGGCACCCGAUUCCCUUGCCCUUCCCGCCCAAGACGCCAUCUCGUCUGCGGCGGCUUCUGCAUCCGAGCAGGAGAUUCUUCGCCCCAUGGCCACCGACUCGAGCCUCUAUAGCAACAUGAUGAACGUGGCUGCAGCUCCCGGUACCCAGGCGGCUUCAGCUCAGCCGCCGUUCAUGUCUUUGGACGGCGUUCGAGGCUUGGGGAGCGUCUUCGGCUAUGCUACCAGCAGAUGGGCGCUCUCGUGCAUUGCCAUGGCUGUUGUUCUUAACCGGACUCAUAUAUUUGCUGCUACGCGGCGGAGGUUGCGACUCCGUUGGCAAGUUAGACUCCUCCUGCGAAUCGUUCCUUUUGUUGUGCUUGUCUUGCAGUCCCGAACCCUCCUACAGUCUAUUCAGUGCCAGACCUCGCCCGAUUUCUCGCAGUUGCGUUGGGGCGAUGCCAACAGAAGCUCCGAUCUCAUGUUCUCACACUCAAAUCCUUUCCUAAAUACUAUGAGCUCGUCUUUACUUUUCGGGGCUUCAGACGAGCAAUCUUGCGUUGCUGCCGACAUGGUGCCGUCAUCAGACCCGGAUGCUCUUCGAGAGCUUCGAGGAUCUCUUUCCCGAUUGUGGCCUCUCUUCGGCACUUUCUGCCUCAGCCAAUUCCUCGAGACCAUUUCCUGUGCGGUUCAGGGCCGACCCGUUGCUGCCGAGACGGGCAUGACAUUGUUCGAACAGUCGCUUGCCUUUGCCGAGGCUGAUGCUGCUGUUAACAACCAGCUUGGAUGGGGCGCGUUUUCUAAAUACCAAAGCCCAGUUCCCUCAUCACUUAGUCAAGGAGGUACCGUUGUCAUGACACGAGCAGCAAUUCUAAGGCGUGUCAAUACGUCACCUGAAGUCUUGUGGAUCGCUUUCCUAUCCUCCAUGACACACAUUACGAGCCAUCUCCUGGGCCUGUUUGAUCUCCAAGCUAAGUACCGGCUUGUCAACACAGGAUUCUGGGGGUUAUGCUUCAUGGGUAGUCUCGUAUGGAGCUUUUUAACCUUUGAAGCGGAUAAUCCUGCGUCUCAAGGGUUUUUUAGAUUUCCCACCGUCUGCAUUAUCGGAUUUGUCCCCCACGUUUUGAUACUUAUUGGCAUUGUUAUGUGUCUAUUUGUCUAUGGCCUUGCGUUGUUGCUCACGGCUGUGAUGCCGCCUGCUAGUCAAGAACACUCCAGGAUGACCUUUCGCCAACGUCUACUCCGCGCGCAUGAAAAUAUGCAGGCCAAUGUCUCCUUAUCGGAACUUCGCAUCACGCGGGAAAUGGAUUUUUACACUGCCCUGCUAAGAACAGGGUUUGCCGCUAUAACCAUGGCCAGCGAGGCUGUAUAUCUGAAUGAAGAUCGUGGCGUCAGCUUGAAACACCAGACCUGGCUUGAAGAAGCCCGUUAUCGAGAAGCAGAGGAGCUGCGGAGGCAAUGGAUUAGCAUGGGUCUCUCUGACCCGCGUUACGACCAAAUCGGUACCAUCGGCCUAAUACCUGUAAAAGACGGGCCCCUUUUGCCUCCUAAUGGUUAUAGCCGAGAGCGUGCUGCACAAAAGGUCCCCCGUGGCCGUGGCGAUAAGGUGCUUAAGGUGGGCAUUGGUGCUUCCGAGAGGAGCUCGAGAUGGCUGCUGGCUUUGGAAUUCCUCAUUGGUAUCAACAAGCUUCUGGCAAGAGUGUUUGCCUUGUCCGUUCUGUGGAUUCUUGGCGUCUGCCGCCUCCAAACCCGUCCUGCUUGGCUGCUGUGGCUCGCAAGCCGUUCGAAGACGCCUGGGGCUGAUAAUGGUUCGAGGCAGAACCGUGGCUCUAGCGGAGGCAAAGAUGCCAUGGCGAAACCUCUGGAGGGUGAGUCUCUGAGAAUGGAUGCUCUGGAUAUCGAGGCCGAAUUCAGACGAAUUGAUACAAACCAAGACGAAGAGACGCUCGAUGGGGAUCUCUACAAGUACUGGCUCAAAGGUGGAUGGUGGGGUUCCAACGACAUGAGCGGAACGUAUCAGCCUCGCGAGGAAGAGGAUGAUUGGGAUAACACGAGCGUUAUUACUAUGACCACAAAUGGAGGCGAAACGGAAGACGAGGACGAGGACGGUUGGGCAUCAGAUCAGGGGAGCGGACAGAGAACACCUACUCAGCGCUCACCACGGCCCGAACGUGAAGGUACUCCAUUCCUUGAUAGUCCACUGGCGAUGGGCGAUCUUGCUCGUCUCCUGCACCCUACUAGUCUAGAAGAGCGACAGGAGGCGGAGAGACUCGCGGCUCACCUUCAGAGUGAUCGCAUCUUGACGAGAUCUGGCUUCAGACGAAUAGAGCAGCUUCAGCGGACGAGAAUUCUGACGGUGCAGAGUCCAAAGGCAAAGCAGACAAGCAAGCUCGGUCCCCAGGGCCGCCUUACAAAGCUUAGCCCAGACGAAGAAGAGCAUCUCCUGGAGCAGCUGAUCUGGACAAAACGGCAAGGCUCCCCUGCCAAAGAUGAUCAACAAGACUCCGGUAUGAGUGAAGCUGCGACACCGGCCGAGGGCGAGAGUUCUCCUUGUGUAGUGUGCCAAUGCUCACCGCGUACUGUUAUCGUAUGGCCUUGUCGUUGUCUUAGCUUGUGCGACGACUGCCGCGUGUCUCUGGCUAUGAAUAACUUUGACAAGUGCGUGUGCUGCCGUCGGGAUGUUAUGAGCUUCAGCAGGAUCUAUGUCCCUUAG